AUGAGGUGGAAACACGGGGGUCCAUGGGUAUUGAUUAUUAUAUAUAACAUGAUACAUCAUUGCUCCUCAGGAUUAGAGCGUAUUGUUUCGUUUAAAUUGGAGCCUGGUAGUCAAGUGAUAGUGUUUCCAUUUAUCUUUGAAGGAUAUAAUAUUAUUGCAUUGCCGACAACAAAGUACAGUGACUUGAAGAAAAAUCCAAAGGAUAUGAAAAGUCUUACACCUUUCUUCUUUAAUGCUUCUCAUAUAAUAUGGGAUUUUGCAAUCGGAAGUGUGAUACGUACACCUGAUAAUCGAUUUGAGAGGUUAUUUAAUGAAAGAAUGGAAGGCUAUUUGAAGGAUAUAUCCGUAAAUGUAUUAAAGAUGUACGUGAAAGGGAACAAAACCAUUAGCGAGUUGUUGGAAGCAGUGUAUGAAAGGAUAUUCCGGUGCGACGAAAAGGGAGGUGGACAUAUGAUGAAGUAUAUAGAAGAUGUUAUAAAGGGAUUUGAUGAUAUGAUAGAAAAUGUGCCUACUGAAAUGGAUUCAGAAAGGAAAGAGAUAUAUCACAGGUUUUGGAGUGGCAGUAGGAAAUACGUAGAAUCUUUUUAUAGUAUAGAAAGACUGAAACAUUUAGUCGAGCUAGAGAAGAUGGUGUGUAGUGCAUGCAGGGAGAUCUGCCUUGGGUUGAAAGAGGAGAAGCUGAUGGGACUGUUUGCUGAGGGAAGUAUGAGAAAGGCUUUGAAAGCGAAGCUUGGCGAAGAGGAAGCCAGUAGGAGGGGAUACUUAGAAUAUGCUAUUAUUAAUGACGAGAUCUUAUUGGAUGCACACAGAGAACAUACAGGGGAGGUUACAAAGGAGUUAGUCAUGCAGAUGCUGCUGGGGAAGAAUGGAGAGGAGAUAGACAGGAGAUAUAUCGGUAAGGUUGCAAAUGUAGUCAAGGAAAGGCAGAAAAGAAGAGAAAGGGAGAUGGAAAAGAGUAUGAAGGAGCUGCUGAGAGAUGAGGAGAAGGCAAAGAGCAAGAAGGGGAGGAAGAAAAAGAGUGUGGGAGUCUCAGAGACCAAGAAAGAGGAGAGCGAGACAGAGGAGGUCGAGGCGAGUGAGGAAAUGGAGAUAUCAUCCGUGGAGGUUGGAGGAGCACGCAGGAAGACAGGCAAGAAGAGCAAGGGUGGUCGGAAGUGUUUCAAGAUCCACAGAAGGGUUCUUCGGUGGAGAAAGAGCCCAGAGAAGAUCAAAGAGGAGUUGGACAGGGGAAGAGAGGAGAGGUGGAGGGGAAAGUCUCUUGAAUAUAUCAAGGAGCAGAAGGUGCUACAUGACAUAGCGGGUGUGCUGGAACUUCUCAGAAGUGAAGAUGCAGACAAGUUCUUUAUGGAUACAGGAGAGCACAGCAAGGGCGGGAGUUCUCGGCGUCGUCUAAUGGCGAUUGGGGUUCUUGAGGUUGGAAGGAGGAGGAUGACAGGGGUGGUGGAGGCUGGAACGUUCAAGGACUCUAGUGGAUGUACAGUUUUGUACCACCUGAUGUUCCGGGUUACAGGGAUAGAGGAGAUUGGAAGUGUUAUGAGCCCAGAGUUUGCUGAGGCUAAUGAUAUUGAAAAGAUAGAUGAGGAUGAAGAGUGUCAGGAUGCGGGCAAGUUUGUGUAUCCGAAAGGAGUAAGGUUUGAAACAGUGAAGGAUGAUGAUGCAUUCCAGAUAGUGUGGAGGAAUCCCUCUGACACCUCUGAGGUUCUCCAGGGUCUCACGAUUCAGCGCAGGCCAUAUGUGAUCUGA